AGCCAUAGCCUUUAUUUCAGAAGAAUGACGCGUAUCGAGUGACCCGUGACGAACUUGACGCUAUGUAGGAACACUCCGGCCGGUGUACUCCAGUGGACUUCCCACAACACUCCGCCCAACAUUCCCUCUCCCGACACACGCUCGGCACCGGCGAGAUGUCUAUCGUCAAGUCCCCACUUCCCGACGUCGCCAUACCUGAAGACGUAGCCCUGUUGGAUUAUCUAACGGCAGAUUUUGACGCCUAUGGAGACAAGGUUGCGUUGACUGACGGCCCCACGGGACGAUCUUACACGUUCUCUCAGCUGAAGGUUCUGUUCCGUGUGUGCGGCAGCGCCCUCACGCGGCUAGGCUUCAAACAGCAUGACGUGUUCGCCAUCUACAGCCCCAACCUGCCAGAGUUCGCCAUCAUUUUCUUCGGAGUCAUCGGGAUUGGGGGUACCGUGACGACGGUCAAUCCUCUAUACACUGUAGAUGAGCUUGCGCACCAGCUACAGCAGUCCGGGGCCUCCUACGUCAUCACCAUCCCCAUGUUUGCUGACAAGGCAAAACAGGCCAUGGUCAAGUGCCAGAAGAUCGAGGACGUGUACGUGUUCGGUGAGGCGGAGGGCUGCACGCCGUUCUCCAGCCUCCUGCGGGACGACGGCUCGGCCUUCCCGGCGGACGUGCAGAUCAACCCGCGGGAGGACGUGGCGGUGUUACCGUACUCCAGCGGCACCACGGGGCUGCCCAAGGGCGUCAUGCUCACACACUUCAACAUCAUAGCUAACCUGCAACAAAUGAGGCAGAAGAGUCUGUCUCUAGACCCCAACACGGACGUCCUGAUCGCGCUGCUGCCGUUAUUCCACAUCUAUGGCAUGGUCGCCAUCUUGGCUAUCGGGCUGGUCCAGGGGGCGAAGGUUGUGUGUCUGCCUAAAUUCGAACAAGAGCUCUUCUUGAAAUGCAUCCAGGACCAUAAGGUGACUCGCGUGUCUUGUGUGCCUCCUGUCGUCCUGUUCCUGGCCAAACACCCGCUGGUGGACAAGUACGACUUCUCUCACGUGAAGGAGCUGGUGAACGGCGCCGCGCCGCUGGGCAGGGAGCUGGCACAGGCAGUCGUCACCCGGCUGAAGUACCCCACCAUCCGCCAAGGGUUUGGAAUGACGGAGGCCAGUCCAGUCACCCACAUUGCUAUGGAGGGAGAGGACCUGCCGGGCUCGGUCGGGCAGCCCAUGCCUAAUACUGAAUGCAAGAUCGUGGAUAUACAGUCCGGUAAGCUGCUGGGCGAGGGUGAAGACGGUGAGCUGUGUGUGCGGGGUCCUCAGGUGAUGAAGGGUUAUCUAAACAACCCAGAGGCCACGGCCAACACCAUCAAGGACGGCUGGCUGCACACAGGCGACAUUGGUCAUUAUGACGGAACCGGAAAUUUUUAUAUAGUAGACCGUCUUAAGGAGCUCAUUAAGUACAAAGGAUACCAGGUCCCUCCCGCGGAGCUGGAGGCGCUGCUGCUGUCCCACCCGGACCUGCAGGACGCGGCGGUGGUCGGCGUGCCGGACCCCGAGGCCGGAGAGCUGCCCAAGGCUUAUGUGGUGAAAAAGGGGGACUCACGUGUCACGGAGGAGCAGGUCAUGGACUAUGUCGCAGGCAAAGUUGCUCCGUACAAGAAGCUCCGGUUUGUGGAGUUCACGGACCAGAUCCCCAAGUCGGCCAGCGGGAAGAUCCUGCGGAGGGUGCUGAAGCAGAAGGAGGUCGAGCGGCAGAAGGACAAAUAACUCUUGGUGUUACGUUGGAAGAACCUACUUAAGCUUAGCUUGUCCAGCUUAUUCUCUCUGCAAACCUUAUGACAGCUCAUAGGUAAUAGGUUAACACAUUGAAGAUCGCUUUGUUACUAAAAGAAAGUGCUUUUGAAAACAGGCUGGGAUUUCGGCUUACUGAAAAGAGGCAUUUCUAAAUUGUAUUCUUGUAAUUGUACCUAGAGAGUACUACCACAGAGGCUAGACGUACCUGUAGCACAGGUUAUCUGAGGUGAACCCAUCGUGGGUAAGUGGGUAAUACAGGCUCACUAAGUGCAUUCGCUUAGAAAACUGAGACGGUUGGCUACAGAUGGUCUAGUCGUAGACAUUGCAUAAUCACAUUUUGUGUGGUGUUUUAGUACAAAACACUUUCUUUUAACUCUUAAAGUCAGACAUAUUUUGUACAAGUUAAUGUUUGUACAUAGUACAUUAUUGAUAGAAAUAUGUAUUAAGCUGCUCAGCCAUUCUUCGUUAAAAAUGGUAUAGUGUUGUGUGCAGUCUGCAAGAAUUAUAGGAAUUGUACAGGAACUAUGUCCACAGGAAUGCUAGUCCACAGGAAUGUUUGGAACGUUAGUCCCCAGGAACUGUAGAAAUUGGGUCAUCGGUCAAUAUUGGAUAGCAAGGUUAGCAUCAAUAAAAUGGCAAAUUAAGAAUAUUAAUGACUAGGCUGCAGAACCAGCAGGAAAAGAUCUUUUUGACGGGAACUUCCAGUCGAUUCCCGGUUUGAGUUUUCUAAAAUAUUAAUGUUCACCCCAGAGACCAUCGUCGCCAUGGCAAAACAUUUUAUUACCAGUCUUUUUAGCUAUUUCUCGAUGCAAUUGUCAUCGCAGUUGUAGUGGACGGUACGAAGGUCACUGUCCUUUUUUUGUGUCAAUAAAGCUUCAACAAU